AUGGCUUUUCAGGACCUCCUAGAUCAAGUUGGUGGUAUGGGGAGGUUCCAGAUAAUUCAGAUGGCUUUUCUUCUUCUCUGCAAUGCCAUGGUAUUCCCUCAUGUUAUAUUGGAGAACUUCACUGCUGUCAUCCUUGGUCAUCGCUGCUGGGUCCACAUCCUCGACAAUGACACAGUCUCUGACAAUACCACUGGGACCCUCAGCCAGGACACCCUCCUGAGGAUCUCCAUUCCACUAGACUCAAACCUGAGGCCAGAGAAGUGCCGGCGCUUUAUCCACCCACAAUGGCAGUUCCUUCAUUGGAAUGGGACCUUCUCAAACAUGAGUGAGCCAGACACGGAGCCCUGCAUGGAUGGCUGGGUAUAUGACCGAAGCUCCAUCCUCUCCACCACUGUGACUGAGUGGGACCUGGUGUGUGAAUCUCAGUCACUGAAUUCAGUGGCUAAAUUCUUCUUCAUAGCUGGAAUAUUGAUGGGAGAGAUUGUAUGUGGCUAUUUGACAGACAGGUUUGGGAGGAGGUUAGUUAUGACAUGGAGUCUAUUACAGCUGGCCAUCGUGGAAACCUGUGCUGUCUUGGCUCCCACCUUCCUGGUUUACUGCUCACUACGCCUCCUGGCUGGCAUUUCCACCUCAACCAUCCUGACAAAUACCGUUCUUCUCAUUGUAGAAUGGACAACUCCAAAAUACCAAGCUACAAUAACAACAUUGGCAAUGUUUUCUGCUAGUAUUGGACAGAUCAUAUUGGCAAGCCUAGCUUAUGGUAUUCGAAACUGGCAUGCUCUCCAGCUGGUUAUGUCUAUACCGAUUUUCUUCUUAUUUAUUUCCUCAAGGUGGGUGUCAGAGUCAGCUCGGUGGCUAAUUAUCAACAACAAACCUGAGGAGGGCUUACAGAACCUUAAAAAAGCUGCACAGGUGAAUGGAAUGGAGACUUCUGCAGACACCCUAACCAUGGAGGCUGUGAGAUCCACCAUGAAGGAGGAGCUGAAGGCAGCACAGACAAAACCUUCUCUGUGUGACUUGUUCCACACACCCAACCUAUGUAAACGGAUCUGUCUCCUGUCCUUGGUCAGAUUUGCAAUAAUUCUGCCCACUUUUGGCCUGAUGCUGCACCUGCAGCACCUGGGAAUCAAUGUUUUCCUGGUCCAGAUUCUUCUUGGUGCAGUCAAAAUCCCAGUCAAUUACAUUGUUAUUUGGACACUGAAUCACAAGGGCCGUCGAAUAAGCCUAUUCUUUUUCACAUUCAUGGUGGGAAUCAUUUUUAUGACCAUCGUAUUUCUGCCUGAAGAAAUGCAGACCAUGCGUAUGAUUUUGACAGCCUUAGGAGGAGGACUUUCUUUUGCCUCUAACACCUGUUGUUCUGCCCAUACAAAUGAACUGCUCCCCACCGUCAUCAGGGCAACAGGUUCAGGAAUCAUUGGAGUUUGCGGAAGCUUGGGGGCAGCCCUGGCGCCCCUGUUGAUGAUCCUGGAGAUGUAUUCUGCACCCUUGCCCUGGAUCAUCUAUGGAACCUCCAGCAUCCUCACUGGCUUUGCUGUCUUUCUCCUUCCAGAAACCAGGAAUCGGCCUCUGCCUGACUCCCUCCAAGAUAUAGAGAAUGAGGGGAAAGUUUCCAGAAAAAGGAAGCAGGGAGAUACCUCCAUCAAAGUGACACACUUCUAAGGAAUUCCAGGGAUUGACUACUGAUCUGC